AUGUCGACAACCCGUUAUACAGUACCAAUUCACGAAUCGAUACAAAUUUUGGAGACUCGUGAACAACUGAAUAAUAUGGCGAUGCAAUACCCACUCGGAACUAUGGACGACAGGAAUGGAGGCUAUUAUCUCCUAGACCAUGAUGAUACCGUUCUAGCUAUCGCAUCUGAUCCCCUAUGCGAAGAACUGGAUGCUGCAAUCGAGGAAGCAGAAAGGUACCGCAGCGCCCAUCCCGAAAUCGACGAUGAAAGCGAAUUCGCUGCACCUACCUCAAAGUGA